UUCCUACCGAGGAGGAACAGGAAGAAGGACCUGAGAAACAACUACUGUCGUAACCCUGACAACGCUAUUUCAGGACCAUGGUGCUUCACUACAGACCCCAACGUCAGACACCAGGACUGUGGAGUACCUGAGUGCUUACAGGGUAGGACACACGCAUGCACAUACACAUACACACACACACAUUGACCACUGUCAACAACUAGUGGCUCUAACAUGGUGGAUUCUCUCCCUCAAUGCCCCUCAUUGAUGUCCACUUAACUGUGGCAAACUGCAGCCAAGUGGAAUAUCAGGUACGGUCUCAGUAAUGUAGUAAUUAUCAACUGUUUGUGAAUUGGCCUGAAUUGCUGCAUGCAGAAGUGUGUUUCAGUUUAUGUUGUCGAUUCUCAUUUAAUCUUUCCCUGGCUUUGUUAAUUGUUUUAACCCAAAGGGACUCAGUUUGCUUUUUUGCUUUUCAGUCUAUACAUAAUCCAUGUUCCUAGUGGGGAUUCUGACUAGUAGGUCAGUUAAAUGGCUUUCUCAAAAUAACUAAUACAGAAUGCCUCAUUUAGGCAUGGAGCAGUUUUCCCACCACAGCCGACGGGCUGCACCAUUUAUCUGUACUGUGAUCCCUUCUCCCUGUGGCACUAGAUCAUGGCCUGUGGUAUCUAGAACUGGAUGACGCAAACUGUCACAGGAGAAAUCACUGUUUCUCAGAUAGUGUCUAGAGGACAAAGGUCCUCUGUGGAUAAUAACAUGUAUCUAGUUAAUAAACAACUGACAGUGAUGUGAUAAGGGGUGUAUGAAAAUACACAGGACUACCAGAGAUGUGUGUGGGAGGGAGGAAUCCACAAGGUUGUUAUAAGAGAAAAAAAUAAAAAUGACUGGAAAGGUUCAUUUGAAAGAAAGUUUCCAGUAAUGAGGAACACUGGGACAUCACACACACACACGCACACACACAUUCAUAUACACACAUACUGGGAAUAGUAGACUCAUAAACAUCUGUUUCUAAUCUGAUCUGCUCUGCUGUUUACAUUGCUCCACACACACACACACACACACACACACACACACACACACACACACACACACACUGAUUGUUGACUCAUUUGACUUAAGGGGAGACAUUUUACAUUACCUUUUAAAUAGUUGGGACAAUUAUCCAGAAACAAUUGUGGUAUUGCACCACAUGCUGUUUAUGUAGUAUCUGCAUAAAUAAUGUCCAUGGCAUGUUCAAAUAUCACCUGUGUGUGUGUGUGUGUGUGUGUCCAGUGGAGUGUGUGAGCUGUAACGGGGAAGGCUACAGAGGUCCCAUGGAUCACACAGAGACGGGACGGGAGUGUCAACGCUGGGACCUAGAGGAACCACACAAACACCUCUUCCACCCCAAG